GCGUCCGGGCGAGGCGCGGUUGAGCGAGUGGGAGAGAAGUUCCGGUGGUAGGCCUGUGCUGACGGGCCGGCACCAUCGCCAUGGCCUCGGCCGAGCUGGAUUACACCAUCGAGAUCCCGGAUCAUCCGUGCUGGAGCCACAGGGACAGCCCCAGCCAAGAUGGGAAGGAGGCCCGGACACGACAGCCAGUGGUGAUUCUAUUGGGCUGGGGUGGCUGCAGGGAUAAGAACCUUGCCAAGUACAGCGCCAUCUACCAUAAAAGGGGCUGCAUUGUGAUCCGAUACACAGCCCCAUGGCACAUGGUCUUCUUCUCUGAGUCCUUGGGCAUCCCUUCACUUCGUGUGCUGGCUCAGAAGCUGCUUGAGCUCCUCUUUGAUUAUGAGAUUGAGAGGGAACCCCUGCUCUUCCAUGUCUUCAGCAAUGCCGGCGUCAUGCUGUAUCGCUACAUGCUGGAACUCCUGCAGACCCAUCGGCGCUUCAGCCAUCUGCGUGUGGUGGGCACCAUCUUUGACAGUGGUCCUGGUGAUAACAAUCUGCUAGGAGCGCUGCGGGCCCUGGCAACCAUCCUGGAGCACCGGCCUGCCAUACUGCGCCUUUUGCUCCUGGGGGCCUUUGCCCUGGUAGUAGUCCUGUUCCACAUCCUACUCGCUCCACUCACUGCCCUCUUCCACACCCACUUCUACGACAGGCUACAGGACUCAAGCUCCCGCUGGCCUGAGCUCUACCUGUACUCAAGGGCCGACGGGGUGGUCCUGGCGAAGGAUGUGGAGCGCAUGGUUGAAGCCCGCCAGGCCCACCAGGUCCUGGUGCGCUCCGUGGACUUUGUGUCAUCUGCACAUGUCAGCCACCUCCGUGACUAUCCUACUUAUUAUACAAGCCUGUGUGUUGACUUCAUGCACAAUUGUGUCCAGUGCUAAGGUCUGGCUCCAGAAAUAAAUGCCUGAAACCUUCCUAUAAACUA